AUGCAAACCACAGAAAAAUCACAACUUGAUAUCCAUCAUAGACAUCACACAGGGAAGAAGCUGUAUUCAUGUUCACAAUGUGGCAAAUGUUUUACUCUGAAAUCACAUCUUGAGAGGCAUCAGAAAAUUCACACUGGGGAGAAGCCGUAUUCAUGUUCAGAAUGUGGCAAAUGUUUUACUGAGAAAUCAAGUCUUCAUAACUAUCAGAUAGUUCACACAGGGGAGAAGCCGUAUUCAUGUUCAGAAUGUGGCAAAUGUUAUACUCGGAAAUCAAGUCUUGAGAGCCAUCAAAGACAUGACACAGGGGAAAAGCCAUAUUUAUGUUUAGAAUGUGACAAAUGUUUUACUCUAAAAUCACAUCUUGAUAUCCAUCAAAGACAUCACACAGGGGAGAAGCCGUAUUCAUGUUCAGAAUGUGACAAAUGUUUUACUCAUAAAUCAAGUCUUGAGAGCCAUCAAAGACAUCACACAGGGUUGAAGCCGUAUUCAUGUUCAGAAUGUGGCAAAUGUUUUACUCGAAAAUCACAUCUUGAUAUCCAUCAAAGACAUCACACAGGGGAGAAGCCGUAUUCAUGUUCAGAAUGUGGCAAAUCUUUUACUCAUAAAUACAAUCUUAAGAGCCAUCAAAGACAUCACACAGGGGAGAAGCCGUAUUCAUGUUCAGAAUGUGGCAAAUGUUUUACUCGAAAAUCACAUCUUGAUAUCCAUCAAAGACAUCACACAGGGGAGAAGCCAUAUUCAUGUUCAGAAUGUGGCAAAUGUUUUACUCAGAAAUCAAGUCUUCAUAACCAGAGAAUUCACACAGGGGAGAAGCCGUUUUCAUGUUCAGAAUGUGGCAAAUGUUUUACUCUGAAAUCAAGUCUUGAUAUCCAUCAAAUACAUCACACAGGGGAGAAGCCGUAUUCAUGUUCAGAAUGUGGCAAAUGUUUUAUUCUGAAAUCACAUCUUGAUAUCCACCAAAGACAUCACACAGGGGAGAAGCCGUUUUCAUGUCCAGAAUGUGGUAAAUGUUUUGCUAGGAAAAAUCAUCUUGCUGAGCAUUUAAAAAUUCACACAGGGAAGAGGCCAUUUUCCUGCCCAGAAUGUGGAAAAUGGUUUACUUGGAAAGCAAAUCUUGUUAAGCAUCUGAAAUCUCACACAGAGGAGAAGUGAUAUUAAU